AUGAGUCCAAAUACUUGUUGGCUUUGCAAGAUAUUUUAGCAGAAGAAAGUGGGAUCAGUUCUAAGUAAUGUGUCUUCGGAGGAAGUGCUACAGUGAUCCCAGUCUUUUGAAAAGCUGGUAACAAGUAAAUAUGGGCCUCUGAUCUGCAAGACCUACUUGAAGACAGAACACAGCGAUGAAAAUAUAGAAUUCUGGCUUGCUUGUGAAGCUUAUAAGAGGAUAACAUGUCAGAGGAAAAGGAUCUCCAUGACCAGGAAGCUUUUUACGAGUUAUAUUCAACCCCAGGCUCCCAAGGAGAUUAACAUUGACAGUCCUGUGAGGAACAGGAUCAUGAGGAAUAUUCAAGAGCCAACACAAUCUUGCUUUGAUGAAGCACAGAGAAUAAUUUACAUGCACAUGGAAAGAGAUUCUUAUCCACGAUUUCUUGAAUCACAGUUCUACCAAAAACUCAAACCCAGUCUUCAAACUAAUGGCAACAAUUCAAUGGUUCCAAAAAGAAAGACUGGAAAAAAUAUUUUGGAAGAUAUAUUAGCAAAGGAAGAUUUGUUUGAAAAGAUACUGUCUCCUGCAAUGUAG